GAGACUGAAAAAUGGCGAUGGAGAUGAAGAUGAAGGAAGCUUUGCCAUACAUAGGAAUGGUUUCAACACAAUUUGCACAAGUGGGUUUAAUGAUUGUAGGCAAAAAAGCCAUGUCCACUGGAAUGACCAACUUCACUUUCGUCUUCUACUCCAAUGCUCUUGCUUCCCUUAUUCUCCUCCCUUCUUUCUUCUUCUAUAGGUCAACUCGUCCUCCACUCAAUUUCUCACUUAUAUGUGGAUUUUUCUUGCUGGGAGUUCUUGGUUGUUCAGCUCAGCUAACAGGGUAUGCUGGGAUUAAUUAUACUUCUGCUUCAUUUGCUUCAGCUAUGCUCAAUCUCAUCCCAGGUUUUACUUUCGUACUUGCCGUCAUUUUCAGGAUGGAGAAAUUAGAUUAUCGAAGUACAAGUACCCUGAUUAAAUCUGUUGGAACCGUCGUCUCAAUUGCCGGAGCCUUCACCGCCACUCUUUACAAGGGACCGCAAAUUUUUUUGAGUUCCUCAUCUUUGAAGCCUCAAAAUUAUCUUCAUUUUCAGGAAACUGACUGGGUGAUUGGAGGACUAUAUCUUGUAGUGGAUUGCAUAGCGGCUUCAGCGUAUCUAAUUGUACAGGCUUCCAUCCUUAAAAAUUAUCCAGUUGAGCUGAUUGUGGUCUUCUUUUACUGCUUCUUUUCCUCCAUUCUAUCAGCAAUAGUCUCUCUGUUUAUGGACAUGAACAUAAAUGCUUGGAUGCUACAAUCUGGUACGAGAUUGUUCGCUGUUUUAUACUCAGGAGUAUUUGGCUCUGCAUUUCAAGUCAGUGUAAUGUUUUGGUGCGUUCGUAGAAGGGGACCUCUCUUUGUUGCUAUGUUCCAUCCUCUGGGAAUCGUAAUUGCUGCUGCAUUGGGUAUCAUCUUCUUAGGAGAUAUUUUCUACCUUGGAAGCUUGGUGGGGUCAAUUGUAAUUGUUGUUGGCUUUUAUGCUGUGAUGUGGGGAAAAACACAAGAAAAGAAGGUAGAUGAAGACCAUCUGUCAAGAAAUAUCAAUUCAAAGGCCCCACUCUUGCAAAUAAAGGAUGCAGAGACAGAAGUUUAAGCACAAGAUAAAAGCAUAUAUCAUAGAAAGAUGAGAUUUUGACAUGGAUGCAACUUGAGGAAGUGAUACUUAAAUGCCGAUAGGCCUUUUGUCACAGAGAUCAAGUGGGAGUUAGAAGUAGAGAAGUGGUUGGCCGUGGUGAUAAUCUAGUUAAAAGUUCCAAAUUUGUGAUAUAUAGGCAUUUCCUAGUAUAUUCGCUACAGCUCUGCCUUAGUUUUGGCAGCUUGUAACAUGUAAGCUACAUCUGAACCAGUCCAUUGAGAAUUUCUUCAAUUUAGAGCUGACGUCCACCAUAAUUCAAUCUCAUCCUUUUAGUCUAUGUUGAAUUCUUCUGCGUAAACCCUCCCAGAUGCAAACCUAUUGACUUCAAUGUAUAUAUCGUAAGUUAGACGGCUUGUUUUCGGUAUUAUAAAUUGUAACAGGUCGUAAGGAUUAUAUGUAAAAAGAUGAGUUGGAUAGAAAAGGUCAUAUUAGCUUCAAAGUGAAGAAAAGGUGUGGAUAGCCUGUGGUGUCCAAUGUGCCAACCAUCCUGAGGAAUUACUUUAUGAUAUUAUUGAAAACAUUCUAAUUUGUUAAAAAUGCACUUAUUAUUGGCUUGCAAUAAUCUUAAUAGUAUGCAUAUUUUAGGAUGUAAUAUAACCUUUGAUUUUAUAGCGCAGUUCGUCUUUUGAAACCUUUUUUCUUCAACCUACAUACAUCCUCUCCUUAUCUUCUUUUAUUUCACGGAUCUGUUAUGUUGGUGGAUUGAGCAUCAAGUAAAAGAACUAGCUGUGCUUUACAGAAAUGAAUUGUAAAGUACAGAAGGACUGAAUGAUAUAUUUGAGAAGAAAAAUGGUGAAUCAGUUUUUAGCGGACAGACUAUUAGUGAUCUGAAAGCAUAUGCGGCCCAUAAUAAUUUUAUCUUGAUGAAACUUAUGAACUAAAUUAUUAAUAAGAAUGAUGCUUUGCAUGACUUGAGAAGAACAAGAAAAAGAGAAACCUACCCUUUUUUGAUAAAUAAAUGAAUCAUAGAACACCAUAGAUUUUUUUUAUCUAUGAAACUAGAAGACAUAUCUUUCUGUGUUUGAAGAAGUUGACAUUGUGUGUUAUAGUGUGAUAUAUAUGUGCAUUUGGGGAUUUUAUAUUAAAAAGUGAAUGUAUAUGUUGACAUAACAUUGUAUUUGACGUUUCAAAAUGCACUUGUCGUUGACAUUUUAUGUUGAAUAAUCUGAAUGGAAGCAAAGAACUGAUAAGAGGUUUUUUUUUUUCGAAAAAAAU